UACAGCUCCCGGCAUGCCGCGUUCCAGCGGCGGCACCGCCCCUUCCGCUCGGUCCGCACGUGGGCGUGGCCGCUUCUUGGUGUCCGGCGGGUCGACUGCGGCAGAUGGAGUCCGGUUGCUGGUUGUUCGGCGGCGAGUUCGAGGAUUCAGUGUUCGAAGAGAGACCGGAGCGGAGGCUCGGGCCGCCCGCGCCCUACCGCGCUAAGCGCUGCGAGCCGCAGUGGUUCUGCGAAGAAACAGCGAGCAGUGAUGAUGUGGAGGCCCUGAGUACUAAGAAGUUCCGAGGGGACCUGGCCUACCGCCGCCAAGAAUAUGAGGCAGCACUGCAGGAGUAUUCCAGCAUCGCGGAAAAAUUGUCGUUGACCAACUUUGCCAUGCAGAGGGAUGUCCGGGAAGGCCAGGCCCGCUGUCUGGCUCGGCUUGGGCGGCACGAGGAAGCGCUGGCAGUGGCCACCUGCCUGGAAAAGAAAGCCACUAACACAGACCAUUUAACCACCGUGCUGUACCUACAAUUUGCUAUUUUCUCCAGUUGGCAGGACGUGGAGAGGACAGUUUUCUGCUUGCAGAAACUGAUUUCUUUGCAUCCUUUUAAUCCCUGGAACUGGGGCAGGCUGGCAGAGGCGUACCUGCGUCUGGGGCUAGCUCUCACCACAUCCUUUGCGUCAUCUCAGAAGCAGAACAGCUUCACCUCAGGUGCUGAGAUGGUCAGCUCCCCCUCUCCGCACUCGGGCAGAGGGGGCCUUUCGUGUUCCCCUGAAACCUUGCCUGGGACCUCUGCGUUGGCGGAGGAAGCAGGGAGCAGUCACAGCCAGGAAGAGGAGCCGGCGACGGGAGACGUUCCACACUGUGUGGCAGAGAAGAGAGAGGCAGCGCUGAGAGACACGCAGAUGAAGGCCUGCGCCUCUUUUAUACGAACCAGGCUUUUGCUUCAGCUUACGCAGUCGCAGCAAACAUCGUUUGCUUUGGAGAAGAACCUAAGGACUCAGCGGGAGAUUGAAGACAGAAUGAAAGGGUUCAGCUUCAAAGAAGACACUUUGCUGGUGAUUGCUGAGGUCAUGGGAGAAGACAUCGUUCCAGAAAAAAUCAAGGAGGAGCUUCACUCCGAGGUGAAGAGUGUCGGGCCCGCGGCCCUAACCGCCUGGGAGGCUGCCUCUUGCGAGGAGUUCGAAGCCAGGUGGUUCCACAGGAUCCGAGAGCAGCUCUGGCCCUGCCGCAGUCAGCUCAGCGUGCACACCCACACCUCGGCCUAGCGGUCCUGUCCGCAAGAUGGACGGAUCCUGGUUUGCCUGAGACGGGAUCUGCUGGUACUCACAGGACAUGGGGAUUAAGGCCGGCGACUUGUGUUUUAUAAAAAUGGCUUCUAUUGAGCCCAGCGUGAUGGCUCAAUUUUCUAAUCCUCUACCUCCAAGUGCCAGGAUCCCAUAUGGGCAC